AUGCUUGAGUAUCACAGAAGUCAAGAUAUCAAGCAACGAGGUUGGGAGCCCAAAGUAAGAAGCCCAGACGGCGACACCGAGGAACAAGUUGAUGUUCCUCAAGCUUUGGAAUAUUACGAAGUUCACAACAAUGGCCGACGGGGCUUCAAUCGGUGGUCCACAGAGAUCAAUAUGAGGUAG